AUGGAGGCAAACGAUCUGGAGAUGUAUGUCAUAGGCGUGGAAAUCCUGAUCACUCCAGACUGUCAGGAAAGAAAAGUAGCUGCUUACGCUACAUUUGGUAUCAAGAGCCAGCUUUCCGACGAAGAAAUGGUGGAAACUCAGAAAGUGACGAUGGUUGGAAGCCAGAUUGCACCUGAGUCAAAAAUGGACAUUGUAGCUAUUCAUGUUAAGGAUAAGAAUGAUCCCUGGUUUGAUGUGUAUACAAUGGAACAAGGGGGUGUGCUCAUUUGGGAAAAAUUCUGUUUGGAUGUUUGUCGCAGAUAUGGCAAUAUUCGUCCAUUGGAUGUUGUCACUGAGUUUAAUAGGCUUGAGCAAGUUAAUGAUGUUGAAAGUUAUUUUAACAGAUUUCAGGAACUACGUUUCUAUGUGUUGUUAGUAAACCCAACGCUUAAUGAAGCCUAUUUUGUGUACUGUUUUAUUGGGGGUCUGAAAUCUGAUUUACAAUCAAUGGUUAGAGCCUCAAACCCUUUAACCUUACUCGAUGCUUUAGAAAUGGCCAAACAACAUGAGAAAACACUUGCUUCCAUUUACAGAAACCUUCAGCCUAGAGUUUCUUCAACCCAGCCCAGAAUCACUUUUCCACCAAGCCCACGAGCCAAUACACCUAACAUAUUCAGAGCCCUUCCAGCACCCAACAAUACAAGAGCCCUUCCUAAUAUUGUCACCAGAAACCCACCUCCCAGGACUAUCCCUAAAGAAGCACCUAGGGACAAGAAGUUAUGCUAUAGGUGCCAGGAGAGGUAUUUCCCUGGUCAUGUGUGCAAGGAGAGGAACCUUAAUGUAAUAAAGGGAAGUGAAGAAGAGGUGAUGUAUGAUGCAGAGGCUGAACCUAUCGAAGAAGCUAAUGUAGAAACAGAACAAGAGGUUGAGGCUGAAGAGGAAGCAGUGCUAAACUUAAUGAAAGCAUCGGAGAAAGACCCAACGACUAUUAAGAUUACUGGUUGGACUCUUAAUCAACCUAUUAUAGUCUUGGUAAACAGCGGGUCGACCCAUAGUUUCAUGGACCCUAAGUUGGCAGACAAGUUGCAUCUGAAGAAACUGAACCUAAAAAGGCCCAUGAAAGUUCGAGUGGCCAAUGGGGAGUCCAUGUACAGUACGCAGGUGUGCCCGAGGUUGGCAUGGCAAAUGCAAGGGGAGGAAUUUAUGUUUGAUAUGAGACUCCUAGAGGUAGGGUGUUAUGAUGUAGUUUUGGGAAUGGAUUGGAUUGACACAAUCGCUCCCAUUUUGUUGAAUACUCGACCACCUAGCAUUUCUUUCCUACGAAAUGGGAAGUGGAUAACACUGGUGGGCUGUCAAAAACCUCAAGUUGGGCUGCGAAAUAGUGGAGGAUGUAGCUGGGUGACCCAAAUUUAUCAAUUGGAGUCUUUGGGACAAUCUAGCAAUUUAUUUCCAGUCCAGGUGAAGUCCUUAAUUGCAGAUUUUGAGGACAUUUUUAAGGAGCCAAACAGUCUACCCCCAGCUCGAUCAUGUGAUCAUGCUAUUGAAUUAGUUCCUGGAGAAAAACCCGUGAACCAACGCCCUUAUCGAUAUUCUCACGAUCAAAAAGAUGCCAUCGAAAAGCUGAUUAAAGAAAUGUUACAGGCUAAAACAGUAACAACCAGUUCUUUCGCCUUUUGCUUCACUGUUGUGGAAGAUUUGUUCGAUGAACUUAAUGGGGCUUGUUUCUAUUCCAAACUGGACUUGCGCUCAGGGUAUCACCAAAUCAGGAUGAGGGCUGGUGAUGAGCACAAGACGGCUUUCAAAACACACCAUGGCCUAUGGGAAUUCAAGGUUAUGCCCUUUGGGCUAACCAAUGCACCGGCUACUUUUCAAGCCCUGAUGCAUAACAUUUUUGGGCCGCAUUUGAGACAGUUUGUGCUGGUCUUUUUCGAUGACAUUCUAAUUUACAGCACAUCAUUGGAGGCCCAUGUGAACCAUUUGCAGAUAGGUGGAUUUUUGUGGAAUGAUGAAGCUUCAAGAGCUUUUGAGCAAUUGAAAAGGGCUAUGGUGAAUGCUCCAGAUCUAGCCCUGCCAGAUUUCAAGGUUCCAUUCAUUAUUGAAGUGGAUGCAAGUGGACUGGGUGUAGGAGUCGUGCUAAUGCAACAAGAUAGGGCUAUUGCUUUUAUGAGCCAAGUUCUUAGCCCAAAACAUCUUGCACAAAGGAAUUACAAAGUUAAUGGGUCUUAG